UCCAAUAAGCUACCUUGAUAAUGCACUUCAAGACAAGCAAGAUCAAAUUAAGGCUUAGUUUUUGGACAUAUACGCAAUACAUGAAGAGGUCUGUAUGCAUAAAUGUUCAGCUAUCGAGAUGUUUGAAUAGCAAGAAACCAUGGAAAAGGGAGUGAAACUUCUUAAGACAUGGUCAAGUCCAUUUGGUAUCCGGAUUGUUUGGGCAUUGAAGGUCAAGGGAGUCCAGUUUGAACCAAUAGAUGAAGAUCUCAUCAACAAGAGCCCUCCACUUCUCCUAUACAAUCCAGUUCACAAAAAGAUUCCAGUCCUCGUACACGACGGAAAACCAGUUGCUGAAUCACUUGUAAUCCUUGAGUAUAUUGAAGAGACAUGGAAGCAAAAUCCCUUGUUUCCAGAAGAUCCACUGGAGAGGGCUGCUGCUCGCUUCUGGGCAAAAUUUGGUGAUGACAAGGUUAUGCCAUCAAUAUGGGAAGCAUUUAUCAAGGGCAGAGAAGAGGAAGAGUGUGCUUUUGCACCAGCUUUUGAGAACCUGAAAUUCUUGGAGGAAGAACUCAAGGGAAAACAAUUCUUUGGCGGAGAGAGGAUCGGAAUUGUGGAUAUUGCAUUCGGUUGGCUUGCUAACUUGGUCCCUGUUUUCGAAGAGAUACAUGCAGCAAAAAUGAUAGACGAGGAAAGAUUUCCAUUACUACAUGCGUGGAUGCAGGAGUUCUCCAAGGCUCCAGUAAUUGCAGAUUGCUGGCCGCCACAUGAAAAACUAGUCAGCAAAUUCCGUGCCAUUCGUGAUCAGUCCCUCCUUGCAGCAGCACCUCAUGCCUGAGCAAUCAAGUUGUAGCAUGUCAGCAAAUCAUAUUGUCUGAACUAAAGAUAAUAGGCUAAUGUCUCGCAUUGGUUGAAAGAGUCGGAUUUUAAGUUAUUUAUUAAAUUUCUUAAUUUUAAAUAUUUUGUUUUAUGUUAUGUUAUGUUAUUUUAUUAUUUUUAUAAUAUUAAAUGUGUAAGUUUGGAUUAGUGCA